AUGUCCCUUUCUCGGUCACCCUCACCACACAUCGGAGGAGGUUGGUCCAGUCCAGGACUCACCUCUCCUUCUCCCCACGGCACUUCGACGCCAACCAACGCCUACAGCAGCAUGAACGGCGGUAGUAACACCGUAACAUGGGCUUCCGCCAAAGCUAGAAGCGCCCAAGUCAAUGGCUACCCGUCCUUUUCAACCAAGAAUAGUGGCUUCUUUGGCCGACAUUUUCGCAGCUUAUCCCAGAGUCUUCCCAAGUGGAACGCAGGUGCCAGUCGGAGUUAUGCAGAAAAGGAGAAGCUGGGUCGCGGACGGUGGUAUCCCAAUCGCGGCAGUACUCUAGGCAAUCUACGCACCUUUAUCGGCCGUCUUCUACGACGUUCAAAAAUACGAGCAAUGCUACUGCUGACCAUUGUUCUUGGCCUAUUGCUCUUUUACCUGACGCCGCUUCAUCAUUGGUAUCGACGAUCGGCCUUCUUUGGCGGAGGAAGCAAAUUUGUCGUCAUUCUAGGAGCAAAUCAAGGUGGCGGUGUCAUGGAAUGGAAGGGCGCUCGAGAGUGGGCCAUUGAAAGAGACAGUGUCAGGAAUAAACGGGAGUAUGCCAGGAGAUGGGGCUACGAGUUGGAGAUUGUCGACAUGAGUACAAAGAAGCGCUAUGCGCAUGAGUGGCGCGAGAGUUGGGAAAAGGUCGAUACGCUGCGUAAUGCGAUGCGGAAAUACCCCAAAGCCGAAUGGUUCUGGUGGCUGGACUUGCACACUCUGAUCAUGGAGCCUUCGUACUCACUCCAAUCUCACAUUUUCAAUCAAUUAGCAACAAAUACCUACCGUGAUAUCAACAUCUAUAACCCACUCAACAUUUCUCAUCCUCCUACUGAAUCGUACCUCGAUCCAGAAUCGCUGUCCGCAGUGGGCGACGGCAAGCCGGAGUCAAUCGACAUUAUCGUGCCGCAAGACUGUGGCGGCUUUAACCUUGGAUCCUUCUUUGUGCGCCGGAGUCCCUGGACUGACCGUUUAUUGGAUAUCUGGUGGGAUCCUGUUCUUUAUGAACAAAAGCACAUGGAGUGGGAGCACAAGGAGCAAGAUGCUCUCGAGUAUCUCUAUGCGAAUCAUCCGUGGAUCCGGCCGCACACGGCCUUUAUCCCCCAACGAAAGCUGAACAGUUUCCCUCCGGGUGCAUGCUCAGACAAUGGCGAGGAUUCGAGGAUCCAUUAUGCCGAAAAGGACCGCGACUUCCUGGUCAACAUGGCUGGAUGCGAGUGGGGCCGUGACUGCUGGGGAGAAAUGUAUAGCUACCGGCAGCUGAGCAACAAGCUAAACCGCAGCGGCUGGGAAAAGUUCAAGGACUCCGUUAGCGAAACCUACAAAAAGCUGCGAGCGACCAAGAAGACCAAGCAGACCGAGGAGAAGAAGAAGGACUGA